CUCCACUCUCCCCAGAAAACCACCACCACCACCCCAAGACUGAACAACACCUACACUCCAGCCCUCGUGCACCCCUCGCACACACACACACCUCCUCCCCCUCGCUGUCACCCACAGCAACCAUGGCACCCCCCUCGCUCUUCCUGGGUGCUUUGGCUCUCGCCGCGUCCGCCGUCACCGCAUCGCCCUUUGCUCUCCGUCGCCGCCAGAACGGCACCGACUCGACCUGUCCUGGUUAUCGAGCCAGCGGCAUCACCACCACCGCCAAUGGCUUGACCGCACAGCUCACUCUGGCCGGCACCCCCUGCAACAUCUACGGCAAUGACAUUGAGGAUCUGACUUUGACUGUCGAGUACCAGACUGACACCCGACUCCAUGUCUUGAUCGAAGAUGCCGCCCAGCAGGUCUACCAAGUGCCCGGUUCUGUCUUUCCACGACCAAUCUCGAGUGGCACGCAGAAUGCGUCUAGCGAACUCAUGUUCGAAUACGUCGAGGAACCAUUCAGCUUCACCGUCAAGCGUCGGAGCAGCGGUGACGUCUUGUUCGACUCGUCUGCGGCCUCCUUGAUCUUCGAGGACCAGUACGUACGCUUGAGGACGGCUCUUCCAGAGAACCCCAAUCUCUAUGGCACCGGCGAGCACACGGACCCAUUCCGCCUCAUGACAACGGACUAUACCCGUACUGCAUGGAAUCGUGACGCGUACGGCACGCCGGCCGGUACCAAUCUGUACGGCACCCACCCCAUUUAUUACGAUCAUCGUGGCGCCAACGGCACCCACGGUGUCUUCCUUCUCAACUCAAAUGGUAUGGACUUCAAGAUCGACACGACAGACGGUCAGCACCUGGAGUACAACACCCUCGGGGGCGUCCUGGAUUUCUACUUCUUGGCAGGUCCAUCCCCUGUGGAGGUGGCGCAACAGUACUCUGAAGUCUCCCAAAAGAGUGCUCUUCAGCCCUACUGGGGUCUGGGAUUCCAUCAGUGCAAGUACGGAUACCGCGAUGUCUACUGGGUGGCUGAAGUCGUGGCCAACUAUUCUGCUGCUGGCAUUCCGCUCGAGACUAUGUGGACUGACAUCGAUUACAUGUAUCUUCGCCGAGUCUUCACUCUCGACCCUGAUCGAUUCCCGCUCAACCUGAUGAGUGAGCUGGUCUCUACGCUUCACGAGCGACAACAGCACUACAUCGUCAUGGUCGAUCCCGCCGUCGCAUACCAGGAUUAUGAUGGAUUCAACAAUGGCGUGGAGCAAGACAUAUGGCUGCAGACCUCCAAUGGCUCCAUCUUCAAGGGUGUGGUGUGGCCUGGUGUCACCGCUUUCCCGGAUUGGUUCCACCCAAAUACCCAAGGCUACUGGAACUCGGAAUUCCAGAGCUUCUUCGACCCCGAAACUGGUGUGGAUAUCGAUGCACUCUGGAUUGACAUGAACGAGCCCUCCAACUUCUGUGACUACCCUUGCGCUGAUCCCGAGUACGAAGCUCAGGCUGCAGGAAACCCUCCUCAGCCACCUGCCAUUCGUCUGGGUGCUCCACGCGCUAUCCCUGGUUUCGGAUCAGAUUUUCAGCCACUCUGCAAGUCUGUUGUCACGUUCAACGUCAACGCAUCCACCUUUUUCGGAGAAAACAUUUACGUUUUCGGCAGUGCCAUUACGAUCGGUAGUGGUGACGAGAUCGGGAACGCUGCACCACUGAACGCCAAUAACUACCCCAUCUGGAGUGCUGCCGUCGAUCUGCCAGCCAACACUCAAGUCACGUAUCAGUACGUCCGCUCUGCGGGUAGCGGCGUGUACAGCUACGAAUCGAGCAACCGCACUCUCACGACUGGUGACUGCAACAGCACCUCGUCAGUCGACGACAUCAUCACCACCUCCUCAUCGCCACAGACCAAACUUGUUCGCCGCAGCGAUGACUUUUCACGCAAGGCACAUCAUCUCACUCCCGUUUCGAAGCGCCAGUUUGCCGGGGACAAGACGGGCCUGCCAGACCGCGACUUGAUCAACCCCAAAUACCAGAUCGCGAACGCAGCAGGGAGCAUCAGUAACUUGACCGCUUCCACUGACAUUAUUCAGUAUGGUGGCUACUCACAGUACGAUACUCACAAUGUGUACGGAGCGCAAAUGUCCGAGGCAUCUCGUAUCGCCAUGCUGUCACGCAAGCCUACUCUCCGCCCACUGAUCAUCACAAGGUCCACCUUUGCUGGAGCCGGAAGUCAAGUGGGCAAGUGGCUCGGAGACAAUCUCUCGAAUUGGGACUCCUACCUGUUCGCCAUCAAGGAGAUUCUCGAGUUCGCCGCUCUGUACAACGUCCCGAUGGUGGGCACAGACGUCUGUGGCUUUGGUGGUAACACCAACGAACUUCUGUGCGCGAGAUGGGCACAGCUCGGAGCAUUCUCUCCAUUCUACCGCAACCACGCUCAAAACGAUGCCAUCGAUCAAGAGUUCUACCGCUGGCCCAUCGUCACGGAAGCUGCCAAGAUCGCUAUCGAGAUCCGAUACAAGCUCCUUGAUUACAUCUACACGGCAUCAUACGUCCAGAACCAGACGGGCACACCGCUUAUCCAACCCAUGUUCUUCCACUACCCUGAAGACAGCAACACGUUCGAUCUCGGCUAUCAGUACUUCUACGGUCCAGGACUCCUCGUCGCCCCUGUGACGACUGAGAACAGCACGACUGCUACGCACUACUUGCCAGACGACGUCUUCUACGAUUACUACACUCACGAGACCGUCAUCGGCACCGGCUCGACUAUCACGAUCGAAGACGUUCCCUACACGAGCAUCCCUCUGUACUACAAGGGCGGCGCCAUCCUCGCUCAGCGCUCCGAAUCAGCAAACACGACCACCGAGCUCCGCAAGCAAGACUUUGACAUCAUCGUCGCACCUUCUGCCAACGGUACCGCUUAUGGAGAACUGUACAUUGAUGACGGUGUUUCGCUCGUUCAAACCGCUUCAUCGUACAUGAAAUUCACAUACUACAGCGACGGUCGCUUCACCAUCACCGGCGAAUUCGGCUACGACACCGACGUCUUCAUCAAGACCGUGACUGUGCUUGGCACCGGCGCCAGCAACAGCACCGGCGUCUCCCGAACCAAGUCUUUGGGCAUCAGCUUGAAUCAAGCGUAUGAGGGCACUGUCUAGAGGACAGGAGCGCCACACCAAGAACGACAGAAGUACAGACAUGACUCGUCGAUGGAGACGAUACACCAACAGGAUAGCAUGACGCUAGAGGUACAGGUACAACAGGAUCAGGUACUACUUCUUCAGCUAUGAUGGGAUUGCAUACAGUCUGCAAAAGACAUUUUGGGGGUGCGUGUUCCAUGAUGGAAACUCAGGUAUGAGGCGACUUGCGUAAGGAAUGGGUUAUACCUUUCCCUUUUGUUUUUCGGAGAGAGGCAGGACUUUGCUUUCUCGGCUUUUACCUUCCAGCUCGUCGCUACGCAAUCAAACGUAGCUUCCACAUCAAAUUUU